GAGGUAAGAUGUCUGCCUCUGAAGAGGAUAGCAAGAUUGAUUUAUUAGACAACCCAAGCAAUGUGAAGAAAAAGUUAAAGAAGGCUUUCUGUGAACCUGGUAAUAUCACAGAUAAUGGAGUCCUUUCAUUCACUAAACAUGUCCUGUUUCCGUUAAUGAAAGAAGGAGAAACAUUUAAUAUUUGCAGGGCGCCUGAACAUGGUGGCACUGUACAAUACUCCAAAUUUGAAGAUUUAGAAAGUGAUUUUGCCAAACAAGAAAUUCAUCCAGGUGACUUAAAAGCAUCAGUAGAGCAAGCUAUAAACAAGCUCUUAGCUCCCAUCCAAGAAACAUUCAAGGAGCCAAAAUUACAGGAAUUAACCAAAAAAGCUUAUCCCCCCCCUUCUAAAGUGAAGGGAAAUGCUGUGGCUGUUACAGAAGAAGCUGUUCCAAGUAGGCUAGACAUCAGAGUUGGUCGUAUUGUAGAAGUUUCCAGACAUCCCGAUGCUGAUGCAUUAUAUGUUGAAAAAAUUGAUCUUGGGGAACAGGAACCAAGGACAAUUGUUUCAGGUUUGGUUAACUUUGUGCCUAUUGAAGAGAUGCAGAAUAGAGAUGUGGUUGUUUUAUGUAACUUAAAACCUGCAAAAAUGCGAGGUGUAGAAUCAAAGGGUAUGGUUUUAUGUGCGUCUGUCGAUGAGCCCAAACAAGUUGAACCAUUACUUCCCCCACAAGAUAGCAAGCCUGGUGACAGAAUUGUUGUAGAGGGCUUCGAGAAUGGAGAACCAGAUGAAGUGCUUAAUCCUAAGAAAAAGGUUUGGGAGAAAUUACAACCCGAUCUAAAAACAAAUGAAGAACUAUUUGCUGUAUGGCAAGGAAAUAAACUCAUAAGCAAAAUAAAUGGAAACCCUGUUGUUACCAAGUCUAUGAAGAAUGCACCUAUUAAAUAAAAUAUGUUUUAUCAAUAAGAUUAUAAUUAUUUUGCAUUUGUGUAUUUAUUUUGUAGAGUAUUUAUUUAUUAUUGAAUUGUGUUUCGUUUUAUUUCGUUUAAUUAAGGAAAAUCGAAUUUUAUUUUUGAUUAAGAUUAUGAGUCGAAGACGUCUGCAUACCUACUUUGCUUUACUACAUUAUUGUUGCUGAAUUGAUCAAAUCAAAUGUUCAAAAGUAUUUUUUUUUUUAAUUACAUCAUUAAAAAUAUAUUUGAGUUUAAUAAACCUUACAAACAUUA